UCUUGAACAUUUUUUUUUUAAAGUCAAGACUUUUAAAAGAUCAGGAUUUAUUUGGCAGCACAUGUUCAAGCGGCCACUUUUAAUCAUAAGUCUAGGUAAACGUGAGUAAAUGUACGUUUCGGGUUCUGCGUUCAAAUUUCUCGCAUUUACCACAAAUGUUUAAAGUCAGUCUUUGAGCUCUGAGUACAAAACACUGAACGCGGACUGAAAUUUAAAUUAGGUUAAACUUUGACCAAUCAGGGACGCAGAUUUGUUGGUGAUGUAUAGCUUUUAAUUCACAGAAGUACCAAAAAUGUGAAACUUGAUCCUGAAGUUUUUUGUUUUUUUGCCAGAAUUUUUUGACACCAAGUCUUUCAUGUAUCGGAAUGGAGCCUGGAAGAGAUUUGCACUGCUGCGACUUUUCGCAGCAAAUCUCUUCCAAAUGUGGGAGGCGGCACGCGCCAGGAAACAGUAGAAUAAGAAAAAAGAAGUAGUCCCUCCCUGCUUGUCCAGUGUGAUUACAUUGGGCUAAAGGCUGAAGUUUAAGAUCCCCCAUUUAGCGCGUUCUUGAACAUGUGUCACCGGUGUGAACGAUGCUUAAUAAGGCAGCUCCACAAUCUGACAAAAAAGAACAAAAAAAGAAAACUACAGUUUAAAAUGAACUCAAAGGAGCAAAAGUCCUUUCUUUUCUUUGGGUUGCGUUCUAAAUAAUACGGAUGAGCUGGAAACUGAGGAGCAAAUCAAAGUCUUCCUGUGGAAAAGCUUAAAUAACAGCAGCCGGUAAAGACGGUAAAGAGCGCCAGCGUUUUGCUUUCACUCACAGUGUGCAAGGUGAGAUGUGGAUACAGGUAAGAGUCAUUUCCCCCCAUCACUCUGCUGUCACUCUUUGGGCUGUGUGAGAAAUGCAGGGAUAUCAUCUUUUCACACAUGCUUCCAGUGUGGGUGGGUGCGCUAAAAUGGCUUCAGGUUGGUGCUGGAUGAUUAAUCAAGCUGGAGAGGACAGGACCGGGCCUGCGGAAUGAGGGAAAUGUCAUCCGACGCCAUACGGGUUGUGUGAGCAAAGCAUCCGCCAGCCCAUAUUCCUAUGUCUCCUACAGAUGACCCUGACAGGAAUUAUACCCUGACUUGCUGAUACGCCGGCCCAUGCACAGUCAUGCAUAAACAGAAGCACCAAUGUGGACAUAAACACAGGAUAAUCUUACAAAUAAGCGGAUGGUUUUGUUGGACUGUUUUUUCCGGUGUGUUAUUCAGAGCGUCUGAGUUUUCUUUUGACGCUGAAGUGCAUCUGAAAUGAUGCUGUUUACCAUUUCAAAGCAUCCUGAUUGAAGCUGGCAUUCAUUUCAAGUGUUUUCACCUGAUCUGACCGGCAUGAAGUGGCCUUUUUCUCUCUGUCCUCCUGAGCAACACGUGAUGCAGAUGACUGGACGGUGUGGCGAGGCUGCAGCUUCUGUUUUUUCUUUCAAAGAUGAAGAGGUGGGCGAGCCGCCACUAUGGCCAGUACAGACGUGGAAAACCGGCGGCCUCAAGAACGGAAAUGGAGAAAAGGCACUCGGCGUUGGUCCUGCAGGCUGCUCUGCUGCUCGUGUUUGCGUGGUCAUCAGGAAGAGAAGACUAAUGAGGGUUCCUUACAUCUGAACCUCAAAAAAGAGGGAUCAAGUGAAAGGGAGGCAGCAAUACUGAUUAGAGUGGAGGAUGUGGGGAUUGUCAAUGCCAGCUUCAGUCUGUCAGACGAAGACCCCCUGACUCAGACGAAUAGCAAAGCUCGCUUCGCCAGUGCUGUGUCUGCGACUCCAAGGCUGCAGAAGAAGAAAGGACUCAAACAUCUGUCUGCACUCAGCAUUCAGCCAUCCAGCGAUGCAAAGGAUAACGUACAAAGAGAGGAAUACAAUCUGCAGCACGAGAGGGCCACUGAUAGCCCUCCAGCAUCUGAAGGCCUCCUCACACCACUUAUCCAUCUGAUACCACCCACUCCUUCUAACGUUGUCGAAGACGAUCGCUUCUUUGACAGCAAUUCUGAGGAAAGUGAUGGACGAACGUCAAGCGGAGAUCAAAAGUCCAACUCCUGUGAGCAGGAAGCAGAUGAGGGAAAAGUGGAGGGUUUGAAGGCAGAUGGACAUGAAAGCACAGAGGACCUCGACGCUGAGCCUGAAAACGACAGAGAGGAAGACUUUGGAGACAAAGAAGAGCCUGUGUCAGCAACAAGGGUGGACAAGGAGAAAGCAAAACCCAGAUCCGUUUGGAGAGGCUGUCACAUGACCCCUCUCCAUGAACACCUUCAGAAAAAUGACCUAAGCGGACAGGAUUUGUGCUGCUGUGACAUGCUGAAGGCUGAACCUCAGCGGCCAAACAACACUGCCGUGAUGGAUGCAUUUACUCACCAAAAGCGAGCGAUAACUCGCUCCUGCAGUCUUGGGGACACAACAAGAAGAGACACUUUUCAUGGUCUGACCCAGACUGCAGACCAGUACCAAGAGGGGAGGAGGAUUUCUCGUCAACGACGCAUAACUGUUGCAUCAUAUAUGCCCUAUUCCAAGGAUCAGAACGGAAACUUCCCAGAGAAGGAUGAAAACAGAGACCUGGCCAAACCUCUCAAAGAGUUAAACACAGAAGAAGUCUGCCAGUGGUUCACCGGCAUUGGAUUGCAAAAAUGUCUCCCUUUCAUUCGAGAGGAAAGUCUGUGUGGGGCUGACAUAGCCUCAGUGGAUGCAAACACUCUGGACAUCCUGCACAUCACCUCCCUGGAGGAAAGAGAGCAGUUACUGUCAGCCAUCUACAACGAGCUCCACCCUCCCAACACCACCAGUCAGACGCUGGACUCUCUGCUUGAAUCCUUCGGGCCAAAGAACGUGGAAAAGCUCACUGAAACAUUGUUAUCGUUGACCAAGACCAAGUCUUCGCCUCAGGUGAGCUGCCUGAGCAUGAACCAGCGAUCCUUCAAACUCAGAAACACAGGUCCAAACCAAGUUUCAAAGAGGAACUCUCAGAUGAUCGAGAUCACCAUAAAUGCUUUGGAGAGGAUUGUUCAUCUCCGAACUCCAAAGGAAACAACUGUGGGAAAAAUCAUGGAGUCCUGUAUUAAAAUGUUGGGAAUGACGGAUGAUGCCAGCUUUUUCACACUGAAGGAAAAACAAGAUUCACCUGAGAAACUUUCUCCAGAUCAGCAAAUUGGAUCUUUUCUGACAUCAGAGAACCGACAGCUGGAGCUGCAUCUGUGUAAAAUGGACAAAUCGCUGGGUUCUGCUUCUCAGAAAAGUUCCAGUGAAAAUGGAUCCAACCAUAAAAACGCUAAAGAGGAACGGAUUAAAGAACUAAACCAGCAAGUGGAAUCGCUGCAAAACGUGAUCCUGCAGGUCCAGGAGCUCCACCACAGCCUGGUGGCGUUUUGUUCAGAGCUGAAGAGCAUGGAAGCAGACGUGAAUGUGGACGGGCUCGGUUCUGCUCAGCUGAAGCGGAGGCUGGAGGUGGUCAUCGGCCAACUGAACGACAAGAAGCAGAGCAUGCAGACCCUCAGAGACAACACCAACAACUCGGCUCAGAGUAAAAAACAGCUGGAGGUUCGACUCCUGGAAAAGAUGAAACGCAACUGCCAAGUCUUUAAGGAGGAGAUUUCCAUCGUGCAUCUCAACCGGCAGGUGGCCCAUCUCCAAAAUGCCCUGCAAGAAAGUAAGGAAAAAGAACAGAAAAAGACUUUUAGUACUUUAAGCCAGUUGGUGUCGCCACGAUCUCCGGUCAUGCUGAUGGUUGUGGAGGAGAAGCGGGGCCCGGAUGGCGAGUAUGGCUUCACGUGUCACUACCAAGAAGGCAGUGGGCUGGUGGUGAUGAAGGUGCACAACUCUCAGCUCUGUGUGAACGACAGGCUGGUGGAAGUGAAUGGCGUGUCGGUGAUAAACUCUUCAUCCUGGGAGCUAAACGACCUUCUGCUGGGGGGAACCAGCGCUCAGAUUGUUGUCCUCCGUCAGCCUUCGACCAUCGCGCCCCCCUCUGAGUUUCUGCACCGCAUGGUCAGCCCCGAUCCUGCUGAAAAACAACGCCAAGGAGGUGAUGCGGGAACCAUGAAAACCCCUCCCCAGCGUAAGGUCAUGGCCAUAUAAGGAAUAUCAAAUGAAGGAGCAUCCAUCCAUCAACUGAGACUUGAACCUUCUGUCCAUCCAACCACCCAUCUGUCUGUCCAUCCAUCCAUCUGUCCAAUCAUCCACCCAUCCAUCCAUCCUUCAGUACAUCCAUCCACCCAUCUAUUCUUCAACAGUGACUUAGACCAUCCCUCCCUCCCUCCAUCCCUCCAUCAGUCCAUCCAUCCAUUAACUGUGACUCAAACCCUCUGUCUAUCUAUCCAUCCAUCCAUCCAUCCAACAAUCCAUUCAUCAACUGUGACUUAGAGCUUCUGUCCGUCCGUCUGUCCGUCCAUCCAUCCAUCCAUCCAUCCAUCCAUCCAUCCAUUUUGAAAUCAAAUGUGUGAUGUAUGUAUAUAAAUAGGUUUCCAAGAUGUAGAAAGUUUCAAAGUUGAAAAGUCAAAUAAAAAUCUGAUGGACACGUGAGCAGCUAAAAUAAGGUAAAGAUGAUUCCGGUGACUGAACAGUUGUGGUUCUGGGAAGGAUGAAUGCAAUCGUCAUGCUGUGUACGGUAAACUAUGAGUAAUUGUUACAACAGAAGUCAAGACUCACUCAGUACCUCAGGCCACUUUUUUCUAUCUUCUGUUGAUGAGUUUUUGCAUUGCGUUGCUUAACUUUCCUCUUAAACACUUAGCGUCUUUCAACUGCAGCCCCUUAAUCUCAAGAUUUCAUCAUUUGGUUCAGAUAUGAUCUUAUCCACACCUUAAUCGUAGCAAGACUUAGUUCGAAUUUUAUCGCUCUGAUAACCUUCUCUGACGUGUCAUUACAUAUUUCCCAUGAUAUAAACUCUUCACAGAAAGUUUUUUUUCCCCCUUAAUUCUGUCCAACCUCAGAGACCAGAAACAGGAAUUUGAGGAUUUUGCUUCACUGGAAGGAAACUAAGACUUGAUCUAUGGAAACUCUGAACAAUGUUUAUUAGUUUGUUUGUAUUUUUGUGUUAUCGUGUUACAUUUGUGUUUGUGCAGAAAAUAUACAUGCAUUUUUUUAACUCCACUGGUUGCAA